GCCAACCGUCUUCUUCUUCUUCUUGAAAGAGAGAUAAUAGGAUCACCCGGCGGUGAGUUUGGGAGUGUCAAAACGCAAGAAUAUUAAAGGAAAUGGACCGGAUAGCGAAAGUGGCGUCACAGAAAGCGGUGGUGAUAUUCAGCAAGAGCUCGUGCUGCAUGAGCCAUGCAAUCAAGCGGCUAUUUUACGACCAAGGGGUGAGCCCCGCCGUGUACGAGCUGGACGAGGACUCGAGAGGGAAGGAGAUUGAGUGGGCUCUUUUACGCCUCGGCUGCAACCCCUCCGUGCCCGCCGUCUUCAUCGGUGGUCGCUUCGUCGGCUCCGCCAAUGCCAUCAUCACCCUCCACCUCAAUGGCUGCCUCAAUAAAUUGCUCAAGGAAGCCGGCGCCCUUUGGCUCUGAUCGCUGCGCCGCCGAGUAUCUAUGUUUUCCCCUUUCUUGUCUUCUUGCUUUCGAGAGGUUAUUGCAACGAAAGAUUACCUCUACGUAGAGUUUGUAUCAA